CCUGACGCAAUUAUAAUAUAACUAAUUGCUAGAGCGAAAUCAAAACAAUAAGUAAGUCAUGCUUUUUUUUUAUAAACAGCACCUGCUGUGACCAGAUCUCAUCAUGUUCGAAGAAGAAGAAGAAUCCAUCAUUGGAGAGGAGAUGGCUCAGCCGACGUAUCGCCGAGGGAUAUACCGUCCACGCUUCAGAAACACAUUUAAGAAUAAAGAAAUAGAGACUUCAUACCAAAUUUACCUGCGGCGCCAGCGGCAAAAAUCACUACUAUUAGUCAACGCCGUAGACUUGGUUCUGAAAAUAGGACUAAUAUUUAUAAAUACAGUCACACAUCCCGAUGUGGAUGCCGAAAAGGGGCAAAAACUUGACCGCAUCGUCUGGACAGUCGUCUUCGCCAGUAUCAACAUAUUGAUGUGUUUACUGAGCUGGUCACGACUCGGUCAGAGGUUUGCUCAUAAAUACCUGCACUGGGCAGCCGCCGUCACUUGGUUAUUGCUUAUUACACAAGCUUUAUGCAGGCAAAGUAUUGGUUUCCACGAGUCUCAGAACCAAGUGUGGUACAUGUUGUUCAUUGUAUUCAUACCGUACGCAAUGCUUCCGUUGCCGCUGGUCUGGUGCAUUAUCAUCGGGAUUUUAUCCUCUGUAGCUCAUGUACUGACACAUCUUCCCGGCAUUGAGCACGAAUUUAACUUAAGCUGCCAUUCAUUUCUUUGCGACGUUCGUAUGUCGGUAAGUAACGUGUUGCUCUACACCGCGGUGAACUUAGCCGGCAUGUAUGCCAAGUCCCUUGUCGACUGGGGACAGAGGCAAGUGUUUCUGGAGACGGUGAGAUCAGUGAUCACUUUGAAGAAGACCAAGAUGGAGAGCGAUCGGCAGUGGAGCUUGUUCCAGAGCGUGAUACCAACAUUCAUGGCGAGAAAACUCAUGAGACUCCUGAAAAUGCAAUUUGAAACUACCUUUGACGAUGAGUUCAAUCAAAUCUUUGACGUACGGCAGCACCAAGACGUGUCGAUACUGUUCGCUGAUAUCAAGGGGUUUACCGAAAUGUCAAGCAAAUGCAGCGCUGCCGACUUGGUCAAGCUGUUGAAUUCUCUGUUUGCUCGUUUUGAUCGAUUAGCAACGAACAACCACUGUGUCCGUAUUAAGUUGCUUGGCGACUGCUACUUCUGUGUGAGCGGGCUGCCGGAGCGGCGCGAGGACCAUGCUCACUGCUGCGUCAACAUGGGCCUGGACAUGAUUCAGGCUAUUGCCGACGUGCGACGAGAGAUGAGCAUCUCGUCACUGUCGAAUAUUAAUGUAGAAUUGGAUAUGCGUAUCGGCAUCCAUAGCGGCAAGGUGCUGGCUGGUGUUCUGGGACUACUCAAGUGGCAAUUUGAUUUGUGGUCGUUCGAUGUCACGCUUGCUAACCGAAUGGAGAGCGGCGGCUUACCCGGUCGCGUGCAUAUUUCGUCUUCGACGCUACAGUACCUCCAAGACGCGUUUGAAGUGGAGCCGGCGGACGGAGGGUCACGAGAUCCUUUCCUUCAGGAACAUCACCCUAAAACGUAUUUCAUUAAGACCUCUUGUGAGCCCAGGGUGCUGUCGUCACCAGAAAAUAUAAACCCGGCUCCAAAGAUACGUCGCGGCAGCAGCAUUGUCGGUGAAAUGAACCUAUUGGACUGCGAAAUGCUUGACUGUGAAUGUUAUAAUAACGAGGCGGAAGAUGAUUUUAACGUGCCCCCAGUAUGUACAAUCAGUGAGAACGACAUAGGAAAGUACUUGCUCGACUCAGUCAAGAAGAUGCGCACCAGGAUGCACUACUGGUCGCUGAGGUUCCGCGAGGUGGGUCUGGAGAGCUGGUUCGCGCAGCUGGACGCCCUCACUUACAGGUCCAACGUCAUGUGCUGCUUGGGCCUGUGGUUGUUUAUAGCCAUCGUGCAGAGUAUUAUGCAUUUUAAUUGUUGGAACCUCUUGAUAAUCCUCACGGCGAUGACGGUCCCACUAGCUCUGUUCUUCGUGCUGGCGAUGCUGGAAGACUUGACCUGCUUCCGCUGGAUCCUGAACAAUGCCGACGACAGGACCACACGAAAGAUAAGGAUAGCCCACACUUGCCUCUUCGUUACAAUCAUGUCUAUAACAAGCACCAUGAAAUUUUACGUCUGCCCUUUAGCACCUUUUCAAAAAACAGAAAAUGCAACUGCUUUUACAACAAUGGGAAAUUCGACAACGGAAACAGUUAACCAAGAAUGCUAUCACCCUGAAUACGUUGUAUUCACGUGGGUACUGUGCCUGGUAGCUCUCACCUCUGUGGUCAAGCUGUACUACCUAGUAAAAGUGAUCCUGGCAACAGUCAACGUAUUUAUGUACUGCACUCUGCUCAUUUACAACUACAAAAACUACAAAACUAAGGACACCUUACUUCCAGCCCAAAUGCUUGUCCUAAUGGCAGGCUUCCUAGUGGUGAUCAUAUUCCACGCGAGGCUGGUAGAGCUCAUAUCGCGGAUGGAUUUCCUUUGGAAGCUGCAAGUUAAGGAUGACCUGGAGAAAAUGAGGAGCACGCAAGUUAUAACCCGGCAACUGUUGAAACACGUGUUACCGGACCACGUCGUUAAUCACAUCCUGAGCAAAGAUCGGAGUCCUGGUAAUCUGUACGCCCAAGUCUACAAGUGCGCAUGCGUGAUGUUCGCCACCGCGACAGAUUUUAACGAGUUCUACUCUGAGGAGAACGCGGUGCAAUGCAUGCGUGUGCUGAACAUCAUUAUUUUGGCCUUCGACAAGCUAAUGCAAGACAAAUUUAGGUCUAUCCAAAAGAUUAAAACGAUUGGAUCAACAUACAUGGCUGCGUCUGGACUCAAUCCUGAGAGCAAGCAAGGCGAUGAAAGUGAAAAUCUACAUGCGCUAGUUGAUUUUGCCUUCGCGUUAAUGGGAAAACUCGAAGAAACCGUCAGCCAAAAUAAUAUCCCAUAUAACUUCAAGUUACGAGUAGGUAUAAGCUGUGGUCCUGUGGUAGGCGGUGUGAUCGGUACCCGAAAGCCCGUGUACGACAUCUGGGGCAACACGGUCAACGAGGCUGCGCGCAUGGAGACACACGGCUGGAAAAACAUGAUACAUAUUACCCAGUCCACUAAAGAGCUCCUGAAAGACGAACGAUACAUGUUAAAGAGUCGAGGACAGAUAAAUGUCAAAGGCAAGGGAAUGAUGGAAACUUGGUGGAUAAUGAAGUUGAGGAAAUAUCCCAGCUCCGCCAAAAUACGUUUAUCGCAGUGGAGGGAUGUCGUGUUACCGCAGAACUCUCUCGCAGCACUUGUCUUCUCCAUGAUGAAAGCAAGAAAACGUAUCUAUACACAUCCUCUCGAUGCCUCGUGCAUGCUAAAACGAGAUGAUAGCAUGCGGCCAGGACGCGCUGAGACUGCCCCAAGUGGGUCCCAGCAUACCGUGGCCGGCAUGAGGACACCUAGGCGUCGUAACGCCCAAACGUUCUGCAAUGAUAUAGAGCUUCAAGAAAUCCGAAGUAAACGACACGCAAUAGACUUUUCCCCCGACAAUCGUUAUCCGGAAGAAAAGAGCAGUGAAACAGAAGAACCGAAGAUGGAGGAACUACCUACGACUAAUACACAAACAUUGGGUGAUCGACUGAAGGCGUACAGUUUUUCGACGGCCGCGUCUGGCAGCGGUCUUAGCGGCUCCCACCGACUCCGAUCCAUCACAAACGCCUUUCUAUUUAAAAGCAAAAGCAAAGACAAGAGUGAUAAGAAACCUCUACACGAAAUGAAGGAACAUGAACCAGAAGAUACUAAAAAUAAUGAUAGUUAACUACUCACCAAUAGUUUAAGUUAUAACUUUAAGGAAAAAUAAACUUAAUUUAA